AUGGACCCCUUGCUGGAGAAACAAGAAGAAAUGGUGCAGGCAGCAAUAUUAUAUCCCUUGGAAUGUUAUUUGUUUGGGGAAGACCCAGAUAUAUUCCUGGAGAAACUACAACAGACUGGAACCUCCCAGCUCUGUGGGAAGGUGUUCAAAGGAGGGGAGACAACGUACUCUUGCAGAGACUGUGCAGUUGAUCCAACCUGUGUACUCUGUAUGGACUGCUUCCAGAACAGCAUUCACAAGAACCACCGGUACAAGAUGCAUAGCUCCACUGGAGGUGGAUUUUGUGACUGUGGGGAUACAGAGGCAUGGAAGGCUGGACCACUGUGUACUAAACAUGAGCCUGGAGCAUCAGGUUCUGCAAAAGAAAAUUCUGAAUGUCAGUUGAAUGAAGAAAUUAUGGAGCACUCUAGGAGAGUGUUUCCCUCUGUGAUAAAAUACAUUGUAGAUAUGCUUAUUUGGGAAGAAGAGAAGGAACUGCCUCCGGAGCUCACAACUAGGGAGAAGGUAGACAGCUACUACUGUGUCCUUUUCAAUGAUGAACAUCAUUCUUACGAUCAUGUCAUCUAUAGCCUGCAAAGGGCACUUGGCUGUGAACUCGGUGAAGCCCAGUUGCAUACUACUGCCAUAGAUAAAGAGGGUCGCAGGGCUGUUAAAGCAGGACAUUAUGCCUCUUGUCAGGAAGCUAAAGAAGAAAUCAAGAGGCAUUCUGAAAACGUUUCUCAACGACCACUUCAUGUGGAGGUUCUUCAUGCUGAUGUUAUGGCUCACCAGAAGUUUGCCUUACGCCUGGGUUCUUGGCUGAACAAACUCAUGAGCUACUCAAGUGACUUUCGCCAGAUCUUUUGUCAAAUAUGUCUCAAAGAAGAAGCUGGAUCUGAAAAGCCGUGCUUCAUAAGCAAGUUGAUGCUAUGGGAUGCAAAACUUCAUAAAGGGGCAAGGAAGGUUCUUCAUGAACUUAUCUUCAGUAGUUUUUUCAUGGAAAUGGAAUACAAAAAACUUUUUGCUGUGGAAUUUGUGAAAUAUUACAAGGCACUGCAAAAAGAAUACAUCAGUGAUGAUCACGACAGAGUUCUCUCUGUGACAGCACUCUCGGUUCAGAUGUUCACUGUACCUACUCUGGCCCGGCAUCUUAUUGAAGAGCAAAACGUAAUCACCACCAUUACAGAGACACUCCUAGAAGUGCUUCCAGAGUACCUAGACAAAAAUGACAAGUUCAACUUCCAAGGUUACAGUCAGGACAAACUGAACCGGGUAUAUGCAGUAAUAUAUGACCUCAGGUAUGUCUUAGUCAGCAAGCCCACUUUAUGGACAGAUCGUCUGAGGGAGCGGUUUUUAGAUGGAUUUGUUUCUUUCCUAAGGAUUCUAACUUGCAUGCAGGGAAUGGAAGAGAUAAAAAGACAGAUUGGUCAGCACAUUGAGGUGGACCCUGACUGGGAAGCAGCUAUUGCUAUACAGAUGCAGCUCAAGAACAUUCUUUUGAUGUUCCAGGAGUGGUGUGCCUGUGAUGAAGAGCUGUUGCUCAGGGCCUACAGAGAAUGUCAUAAAGCUGUGAUGAGGUGCAGCACAAAUGGCCGUUCACGGGAAAAGACGGUGUUUCACUUGUGUGGCCACACUCUAGAGAGCAGACCCUACAGAGUGUCUGCAGAUCCUGUCAGCAUACAUUUACCACUGUCUAGAACUCUUGCUGGCCUUCAUGUACGAUUAAGCAAGACUGGGACCAUUUCAAGAUUACAUGAGUUUGUUUCUCCUGAAGAAUUUCAAGUGGAGCUGCUGAUAGAAUAUCCUUUGCGAUGUCUUGUCUUGGUUGCUCAGGUUGCUGCAGAGAUGUGGAGAAGGAAUGGGCUCUCCCUGAUAAGCCAGGUAUUCUAUUAUCAAGAUGUUAAAUGCAGAGAAGAGAUGUAUGAUAAAGACAUCAUCAUGCUCCAGAUAGGUGCAUCUCUUAUGGAUCCAAACCAGUUUCUCCUGCUGAUACUGCAGAGAUAUGAGCUUGCUGAUGCUUUCAAAAGGAUCAAGCCCACCAAAGAUCAAGAUUUGAUCAAACAAUGUAAUGUGUUAAUAGAAGAGAUGCUACAGAUUCUAAUCUAUGUUGUGGGGGAAAGAUAUGUGCCUGGAGUGAGUAAUGUGGCCAAAGAAGAUGUUAUCAUGAGGGAAAUCAUUCAUCUCUUAUGUAUUGAGCCAAUGGCUCACAGUGCAAUUACCAAGUCCUUGCCUGAAAAUGAGAACAAUGAAACUGGCUUGGAGAACGUAAUUGAUAAAGUGGCUACAUUUAAGAAACCAGGUGUGUCUGGCCAUGGAGUUUAUGAACUGAAAGAUGAAUGCUUGAAGGAGUUCAAUAUGUUCUUUUAUCAUUAUACUAAGACCCAGCACAGCAAGGCUGAACAUACACAAAAGAAAAGAAGAAAACAAGAAAACAGAGAUGAAGCAUUGCCACCACCUCCUCCUCCAGACUUCAGUCCUGCAUUCAGCAACGUGGUGAGGAUUCUGAACUGUGACGUUAUGAUGCACAUACUGCGGACCAUUCUUCAGAGAGCAGUAGAACUAGAAACCCACCUGUGGACUGAAGCUAUGAUCCAAAUGGUGCUUCAUCUGCUUUCUUUAGGGUUACUAGAAGAGAAACAGCAGUUACAGAAGUCUCCAGAAGAAGAAGUAACCUUUGAUUUUUAUCACAAAGCAACACGAAUGGGAAGCUCGGCCUUGAAUGCUGUGAGUGUGUUAACGCUUCUGGAAAGAUUAAAAAGAGUUCCUCAGUUAGAGGCUCAGAAGGACACAGUCAAUUGGAUACUGCAGAUGUUUGACACAGUGAAAAGAUUGAGAGAAAAAUCCAGUUUGACAACAGUAGCAGCUACAUCAGGAUCAGAAGCUACAAAAGGUGAUGAGACACAGAGCACUCAGGAUAAAGAGAAAGCGGAGCGGAAGAGAAAGGCAGAAGCAGCUAGGUUGCACCGUCAGAAGAUAAUGGCUCAGAUGUCUGCACUACAGAGGAAUUUCAUUGAAACCCAUAAGCUGCUGUACGAGAACACACUGGAGGCACAGGGGAAAGAAGAUGCUAUUAUGGAGGAAGAAAGCAUGUCUUCAGCAAUUGAUUACUCCAAAAUUGCUUUGGGUCCCAAACGAGGUCCAUCUGUUGCUGAGAAAGAAGUUCUGACCUGUAUUCUUUGUCAGGAGGAGCAGGAAGUGAAGUUAGAAAGUGCUGCCAUGGUAUUAUCUGCCUGUGUCCAGAAAUCAACUGCCUUAACUCAGAAUAGGAGCAGAAUUAUUGAACUCUCAGGAGAUACAUUAGAUCCUCUCUUCAUGCACCCUGACUUACCUUGUGGGACCCACACAGGAAGCUGUGGUCAUGUGAUGCACGCAGCCUGCUGGCAGAAGUACUUUGAAGCCAUGCAGCUGAACUUCCGACAACGUCUGCAUGUUGAACAGAUAUUUGACUUGGAGAAUGGGGAGUAUCUCUGUCCACUUUGCAAAUCUCUGUGCAAUACUGUGAUUCCUAUUGUUCCAUUGCAGGCUCAGAAAAUAAACAGUGAGGAUGCAGAGGCAGUAGCUCAAAUUCUGUCACUGGCUAGGUGGCUGGAGAUUAUCAUAGUCAGGAUAUCAGGCUACAGUGUGAAAAAUGCUGAAGGAGAGAAGGAAAAUCUUCCAGCUUUCACCAACAAGGGAAUAGGGAACUCUGCUUUGGAAUUCCAUUCCAUCCUUAGUUUUGGAGUUCAGUCCUCAGUGAAAUACUCAAGCAGUAUCAAGGAGAUGCUUAUUCUCUUUGCCACCACCAUUUAUAGAGUUGGACUAAAAGUUGCUCCAAAUGAAGCUGAUUACCGGAUUCCUAUGAUGACAUGGAGCACAUGUGCUUUUACCAUCCAGUGUAUAGAAAACCUCUUGGAAACAGAGGGCAAGCCUUUAUUUGGAUCUCUACAAAAUAGACAGCACAGUGGCCUUAAAGCAUUAGUGCAGUUUGCAGCUGCUCAGAGAACAACAUCACCACAGGUCCUGAUUCAGAAGCAUCUGGUUCGUCUUCUUGGAGUUCUUCUACCAAACUUUAAAGCAGAGGACACUCCAUCCCUCUUAGAAGUAGAUAUGUUCCACGUUUUGGUGGGAGUUGUGUUAUCCUUUCCAUCUUUAUACUGGGAGGAUGCUGUAGACUUGCAACCUUCAUCAAUUAGUUCAGCCUAUAACCACCUCUACCUCUUCCAUCUGACAACACUGGCACAUAUAACACAAAUCGUCAUCUCUUCAGCAACAGAAUCCCCUACUGCUCAAUCAUCGGACAACAGUGAGGAGGCACGAUCUGCAGAGUCUUUUUGUAGAGAUGUUUGCCAGUACACCAGUGGUUGCUUCAGUCAGGAUAUUCCAGGCUGGCUUGUGUGGGAUUGUGUUAAAAAAGGCAUCAUGCCUUACCUUCGUUCUGCUGCUUUAUUUUUUCAUUAUUUGCUGGGAGUUUCUCCACCAGAGGAACUACUACAAGUUUCUGAAGAAGGGCAAUUCAAGGCACUUUGUAGUUACCUCUCUCUACCUACCAAUUUGUUCCUGCUCUUCCAUGAAUACUGGGACACAGUAAAUCCGCUGCUUCAAAGGUGGUGUACUGACCCAGUGGUGUUAAGUUCUUUGAAGGGCAAAAGUAUUUCAAUAAGGUAUCCGAGGAAAAGAAAUAGCUUAAUAGAGCUACCUGAAGACUAUAGCUGCCUUCUGAACCAAGCCUCUCAGUUUCGAUGCCCACGGUCUUCCGAUGAUGAACAAAAACAUCCAGUGUUGUGUUUAUUCUGUGGGGCUAUGUUGUGUUCCCAGAAUACUUGCUGUCAGGAACUGGUGAAUGGGGAGGAGUUGGGAGCCUGUACUUCUCAUGCUCUUCAAUGUGGAGCUGGAGUCUGUAUGUUUCUCAAAAUCAGGGAAUGCAAAGUUGUCCUCAUUGAAGGUAAAACAAGGGGCUGCUUAUAUCCUGCUCCCUACUUGGAUGAAUAUGGAGAAACAGAUCCAGGACUGAAAAGAGGCAAUCCCCUGCACUUAUGUCGGGAGCGUUACCGGAAGCUCCAUCUGCUAUGGCAGCAGCACUGCAUCAUAGAGGAGAUUGCUAGGAGCCAAGAAACGAAUCAGAUCUUCUUUGGAUUCAACUGGCAACUGCUCUGAGUCUUUUGAUUUUUAGUCAAAACUCUUACUUUGGGCAGUGCUUUGGAAAAGGAAAGGAGGGUGGCAGCAAAUAAUCCACUCUCAAGUGGAUUCUGUAGUUCAGACUCGAUGGAUUCUCUAGGUUGGAUAUAUUACUGACACAUUGAAACAAAAAUCUCACAUCGUAUGUUUUGCUUUAUUUUUUUUCUUUUCCCCAAAAGAAACACCAAAUUAUACAAUUACAACUGAACAUCCAGGUUCAGAAAUAUUUCCACUUUUUUGAGGAUUUGUAAUUGUUUCACAUGUU